CUGCAGGAUUUAGUGUUCACGUCCACAGGGUCUACGCUGAUCGGUCACACUGACAUGGUCAUCCACAGCAGAUGCUCAUCCGUUCAGACAUUCAGACCAUGCCAGCCCUUCCCAACCACCCAAGUUUUUACUCACUGUCACACCCAGGGUGACUUCAGUUCCCAUGGAACGCUAUUGUGCGGAUCGCAGUGCCGAGUAUGAAUGGAGGUUAAUACGAGAUGGAGGGAGUCUGAUUGCUAAGCAGUGCUUCCUGUACGGAUCCCCUGAGCUGGCUAGCGCCUGGGCUCAACGCUCUCAGGCCUUCCUCCCUCAGAGCCCAGGGGGCGUCAUGGCCCUGCAGCAAAGACAUGGCUGGUCCUUCAUAAGGAUCCCAGACAAAGAGUCUCUGAUCACAGACAGCGGGAAGCUUCACACUCUCGACCUUCUGCUGACUCGACUGAAGUCUCAGGGCCACCGAGUUCUCAUCUACUCUCAGAUGACCCGCAUGAUAGACCUUUUAGAGGAGUACAUGGUGUACCGCAAGCAUACAUACAUGAGACUGGAUGGUUCAUCCAAGAUUUCGGAGCGGCGGGACAUGGUGGCUGACUUCCAGAGCCGGACGGAUAUUUUUGUCUUCCUCCUCAGUACCAGAGCCGGAGGGCUGGGGAUCAACCUGACAGCUGCAGACACGGUUAUCUUCUACGACAGUGACUGGAACCCCACAGUUGACCAGCAAGCUAUGGAUCGAGCCCACAGACUAGGACAAACCAAGCAGGUCACAGUCUAUCGGCUUAUUUGCAAAGGGACAAUUGAGGAACGCAUCCUACAGAGAGCCAAAGAAAAGAGUGAGAUUCAGAGGAUGGUAAUAUCAGGAGGAAAUUUUAAACCUGACACCCUGAAACCCAAAGAGGUGGUCACCUUGCUGCUGGAUGAUGAUGAGCUGGAGAAAAAAUUGCGUUUACGGCAGGAAGAGAAACGGCAGCUGGAGGAGAGCAGUAAGGUGAAAGAGAGGAAGAGGAAGAGGGAGAAGUAUGCAGAAAGGAGAAAGGAGGAUGACCCAGACACAAAGAGGAAGAAAGAAGGUGUGAAUGUGGUCAUCCCUUUUGUCCCGUCUGCAGACAACUCCAAUCUGUCAGCAGAUGGAGAAGACUCGUUCAUCAGUGUGGACAUGGACUCGGCCAUGCCCAGCCCCUUCAGUGAGAUCUCGUUGAGCAGUGAGCUCCAGCCCAGCUCCAUUCCCGCAGACGAAAGCAGCAGCGACAUGUUGGUAAUUGUGGAUGAACCCAUGUCUUCUGCUCCACAGUCCCGUGCCACCAACUCUCCCGCGUCCAUCUGCGGCUCUGUGUCUGACACGAUGAAUGGUGUCUCAUCCCAAGAUGUAUCCAGUCCAGGCAGGGGAAGGUCCAGUCGGAGUCGAGGACGCCCCAAAGGCUCUGGAGGAGCCGGGAAGUCUUCUGUGAGAAAGGGAAGAGGACGGAAGUCCACCGCGGGCAGUGCUGCAGCCAUGGCGGGGGCGAUGGCAGGGGCGGCAGCGGCGUCUGCGGCUGCGUAUGCCGCAUACGGCUACAGUGUGUCCAAAGGUAUUCCAGCAGCUGGCUCCUUACAACCGGCUCUUAUUCGGUCUUCAGCCACACCUGCCUUUGUUCCAGCUGGCACCUCCUCCCGUCAGGCUAAAGGAAGCGCUAUGGCCACCAACUCACAGACUUUAGCACACGGCAGUUCACAAAGCAAACACAACGCCACUAAGAGAGCUAAAGGACCCAGCAACCACAGUGGGCGGUAGCAGCUUGGAAAUGUUUUCUUUUUGUUCGUAGCAUGGCCAGUACAUUUUCAGUCCAAGGUUGAUGAUUCUCACGCUUAUGAUGUCAAGAUGUUAUUAUACCGCAAGCCCUAUUGUCACUGGGAAACCCGACCUGAUGCACAUCCAAAUUUAGCAUCCAUUUCAGGGGCUGUUGAGCAGUAUACGAGGAAGCACACUUCCAUUGAGAAUAUGAAAUUUAACCAAUUGUUCCUUAUGAACAGAAAAUAGCCAUUGCAAUGGUUGACGAAAGAGUUUGUUAUUCCAGUGAGAGCUCUUUUAUUUUGUUUUCUGAUGACCAAGUAUGCAAAGGGCAGCGGGGCCAAAUUAAGGAACCAAGAUUCUUCCUCAUCUUCUGGCUCUGAUCAUAAGAUGUUAGGCAUCAUUAUGAGCAGAGAUUAAUUGAAAUGGUAAGGGGGGAGGAAUGUUGGUUAUUGAACACCCUCUGGAACAGUCUUUACCUUGAACACAAAGGAACAGACAAGACUGCUUUUGUAAGAUUGCUCUUAUUUUUGUAGAACAGACUUGUUGACAUUUGUUCAGUAUAAAUAACGAAUGGCCGCCUUUGUUUAUUUGCUGCAAAUUCAGAUUUUGGCUUAAAUACUAAUAUAUAUUUUCUCUUGGGAAGAAUAAAAUAAAUCAAGUUUUUUUUUUGUAGUAAAUGCAGUGGGAAAAUGUCGGAAGUGAGUGCUGCUCAAAGACCGUCAAAGCUCAGAUUGUGACUUAAAAUAUUUGGAUGUGAAAUGUAUCAUAGCUUAAGUUAAAGCCUGGUAAUUUAAUUUAUGAUGAUCUGUGCUAGGUAUAAAUUGUAUCAAAGUGGUUUUAUUUUUUAAUAACAUGAAGAGUCCAUAAUUUUGUGGUAUCUGUGACAUAUUGCUUUGGUUUUGAGGAAUGCCAUCUCUGGAUUUAUUUUGUCUUUAAAAGUGAUGAUAAAUGUUCAAUGUAUGUAAAUACUUAAAGGGUAUCAUUCUCCAUUUUCCUGCAAUUGCUUGUCUAU